GUUAGCGUGCACGCCUACUCAGAGGGCGCACCAAAGGCCGCUUGCCGUGAUCUGACCCCACAGCACGGAGCUGAGCUGCAGACCAAGAAGCCGCCAUAUAGUUUCUCGGGUCCCUCACAUGUGCGUGGCGAUCAGAAACUGACACUGACACUGGGCGGCGAUCAGUUCCUGGGCUUCCUGAUCCAAGCGCGCGACGGUCAGAAUCGUGUGGUGGGUCAGUUCAAGGUGGUGGACACGCAGCACUCGCAAACCCUAGACUGCUCGGGACCACAGGACUCCUUGACCCAUUUGAACGCCGUCAAAGGCAGCCCUCUGAGCGGCGUUACCUUCGAGUGGAUCCCACCAGCAGGCUACAAGGGAAAUGUCAAAUUCAUGGCCACAGUGGUGCAGACUGGCUUUGUCUACUGGGUGGGUCGCGUCACCAAGGACAUUGAUGUGGAGUAAAUUGUAUUGUUUUUCAAAUUUCUUUUAACUUUUUUAUUUCCGAUAUGUGUUCUCGUUUUUUCUAACUUACUUAUUAUUUUGUCCAUUUGAAGGCUAAUGGAAUUUUUUGUGAUACAUA